GCGCGGCCGCUCGCAGUCUUCUAUAAAAUGGGAAUACUUAUUGCAAUUCUUGGAAUCUGGUUCAGCUCUUCACUUGUAAAAGCAGAUUCUAAGGCUGUGACAACAUCUCUAAUUGCAAAGUGGUCUUCAACUCCUUUACUCCUUGAAACAAGUGAAUUUUUAUCAGAAGAAGGUCAAGAAAAAUUCUGGAAUUUUGUUGAAGCCAGUGAGAAUAUUGAGAGAGCUGAGCAUGAUGGUAGUGAUUAUUCUUCUUACCAGGAAAUGCUGAAAGUGGCCAGUCAGAGUCUGUCACCUUUGCAGCAGAAUUUGUUGAAGUUUUCCCUGUCUUUACGCUCUUACUCUGCAGCAGUUCAAGCUUUUCAACAGAUAGCAGCAGAUGAAUCUCCACCAGAGGGCUGUACCCUGUUUUUUGUUGUGCAUGGGGAGAAAACAUGUGACUUUGACUCUCUUGGAAACCUUUUACAGGCAGCUUCAGACAGGCCAAAGCCAUUUUUGUUCAAGGGGGACCACAAGUACCCAGCAUCAAACCCUGAAAGUCCUGUGGUCAUACUUUAUGCAGAGAUUGGCUCAGAGGAGUUCUACAGACACCACAGGAGGCUUGUUUCAAAGGCUGAGGCAGGAGAAAUCACUUAUGUGCUCAGACACUACAUUUCUAAUCCCAGCAAGGAAAAGGUUUACCUCUCUGGCUAUGGUGUAGAACUUGCUAUUAAGAGUACAGAAUAUAAGGCCAAGGAUGAUACCCAGGUGAAAGGCACAGAUGUGAAUGCUACAGUCAUAGAUGAAAAUGACCCUAUUGAUGAAGUGCAAGGAUUUCUCUUUGGAAAACUAAGGCAGCUGUAUCCUGACUUGUCAGAAGAGCUGAAAGAGCUCAGAAAACACCUUGUGGAAAGUACCAAUGAAAUGGCACCUUUGAAAGUAUGGCAGCUACAAGAUUUGAGUUUUCAAACUGCUGCUCGCAUUUUGACUGCUCCCCCUGUGGAUGCUCUGAUGGUCAUGAAAGAUCUUAGUCAGAACUUUCCUACAAAGGCCAGAGCCAUAACAAAAACAGUUGUUUCUUCGGAACUCAGAGCAGAAAUCGAAGAGAACCAGAAGUAUUUCAAGGGAACGUUAGGAUUGCAACCAGGAGAUUCUGCCCUAUUCAUCAAUGGACUACUUAUUGAUUUAGACACUCAGGAUAUAUUUAGCUUGAUUGAUGUGCUCCGCAACGAAGCCCGCGUUAUGGAAGGCCUGCACAGCUUGGGAAUUGAGGGAAUUUCCUUACACAAUGUCCUGAAGUUGAACAUCCAGCCAUCAGAUUCUGACUAUGCUGUGGACAUCAGAAGCCCUGCCAUUUCAUGGAUCAACAAUCUGGAAGUGGAUAGUCGAUACAAUUCCUGGCCUUCCAGUGUGCAAGAACUGCUGCGUCCCACGUUUCCUGGUGUGAUCAGGCAAAUUAGAAAAAACUUCCAUAAUUUUGUGCUGAUAGUAGAUCCUACUCAUGAGACCACAGCAGAAUUACUGAAUGUGGCAGAAAUGUUCUUCAGUAAUCACAUCCCACUGAGGAUAGGACUAGUCUUUGUGGUUGAUGACUCAGAGGAUGUUGAUGGACUUCAGGAUCCUGGUGUUGCCCUCCUUAGGACAUACAAUUACGUGGCACAAGAAAUGGACAAUAAUUAUGCUUUUCAGACUGUCAUGUCUAUAUAUAACAAAGUGAAAACAGGAGAUCAGCUGAAAGUGGAACAUGUUGUUAGUGUUCUUGAGAAACAGUAUCCUUAUGUUGAAGUCAACAGCAUUCUGGGAAUUGAUUCUGCAUAUGAUCAAAACAGAAAGGCAGCAAGAGCUUACUAUGAGCAAACAGGUGUAGGCCCUCUCCCUGUUGUCCUGUUCAAUGGAAUGCCUUUCCAAAAAGAUCAGCUGGAUCCUGAUGACCUGGAAACUGUGACAAUGCACAAAAUCCUGGAAACCACAAGCAUCUUCCAGCGAGCUGUAUACCUGGGUGAACUAUCUAAUGACCAAGAUGUGGUUGAGUAUAUCAUGAACCAGCCUAAUGUUGUUCCAAGAAUUAACUCAAGAAUCCUAAGGUCUGACAGAGAGUACCUAGAUCUGACAGGAAUGAAUAACCAUUUUGUGGAUGACUUUGCUAGAUUUACCACGUUGGAUUCUAAAGAUAAGACAGCUGCUGUUGCAAACAGCAUGACCUACUUAACAAAGAAAGGAAUGUCUUCCAAGGAGAUCUAUGAUGAUUCCUUUGUUAGACCAGUUACUUUUUGGAUUGUUGGUGAUUUUGAUAAACCUUCAGGGAGGCAAUUGUUGUAUGAUGCCAUUAAGCAUCAGAAAUCCAGCAAUAAUAUUCGAAUUAGCAUGAUUAAUAAUCCUAGUGAAGAGCCCAACAGCCAGAAUACCAUUGUGGCUAAAGCCAUAUGGGCAGCUUUGCAGACACAAACCUCAAAUAAUGCCAAGAACUUCAUCACCAAGAUGGCAAAAGAAGAAACUGUGAAGGCACUGGAGGCAGGAGCUGACAUCUUGGAAUUUGCUGUUGGGGGUAUGGAUACCAAUAUUUUCAAAGAAGCCUUUGAAUCUCCCAAGGUUGAUUUUGUUCUGUCCCAUGCCAUUUACUGCAGAGAUGUUCUAAAGCUGAAGAAGGGGCAGCGGGCUGUGAUCAGCAAUGGACGGAUGUGUGACUUGGUUAUGAAAGUGGAUGCUCUUCUUUCUGCCCAGCCAAAAGGAGAGGCAAGGAUUGAGUAUCAUUUUUUUGAAGAACGAUACAGUGCAGUUAAACUGAGACCAAAAGAGGGGGAGACCUACUUUGAUGUUGUGGCUAUUGUUGAUCCCGUGACCAGAGAUGCUCAAAGACUUGCUCCAUUACUUUUGGUUUUGAACCAGUUGAUAAAUAUGAACCUGAGAGUGUUUAUGAACUGCCAAUCUAAGCUUUCUGACAUGCCACUGAAAAGCUUUUACCGCUAUGUUUUGGAGCCAGAGAUUUCUUUCACAGCAGAGAAUAACUUUGCUCCAGGACCAAUUGCCAAGUUUUUAGAUAUGCCCCAGUCUCCACUGUUCACUCUGAAUUUGAAUACCCCUGAGAGCUGGAUGGUGGAGUCUGUUAGAACCCCAUACGACCUUGACAAUAUCUUCUUAGAGGAGGUGGACAGUGUUGUAGCUGCAGAGUAUGAACUGGAGUACCUGCUGCUGGAGGGACACUGCUAUGACAUUACAACUGGGCAGCCACCUCGGGGACUCCAGUUUACACUGGGGACUUCAACCAGCCCUGUCAUCGUUGAUACCAUCGUUAUGGCCAACUUGGGCUACUUCCAGUUAAAAGCCAAUCCUGGUGCAUGGACUCUAAGACUGAGAAAAGGCAGAUCUGAAGAUAUUUACAGGAUCUACAGCCACGAUGGCACAGACUCUCCGCCCGAAGCUAAUGAAGUUGUUGUUGUUCUCAAUAACUUCAAGAGCAAAAUUAUUAAAGUGAAGGUUCAGAAAAAGUUUGAUAUGAUGAAUGAAGAUCUACUAAGUGAUGGCACCAAUGAGAAUGAAUCUGGAUUUUGGGAAUCUCUCAAAUGGGGAUUCACAGGAGGGCAAAAGAAUGAAGAUGUGAAACAGGAUAAAGACGAUGUACUAAAUAUAUUCUCUGUGGCUUCAGGACACCUGUAUGAGAGAUUCCUACGCAUAAUGAUGUUGUCUGUGCUGAAACACACCAAGACUCCUUUAAAGUUUUGGUUUCUGAAGAACUACUUGUCACCUACGUUCAAGGAAUUCAUCCCAUACAUGGCCAAGAAGUACAAUUUCCAGUAUGAGCUUGUCCAGUAUAAAUGGCCACGCUGGCUGCACCAACAAACAGAGAAGCAGCGCAUCAUCUGGGGUUACAAGAUCCUCUUUCUAGAUGUGCUCUUCCCAUUAGCUGUUGAUAAAAUCCUGUUUGUGGAUGCUGAUCAGAUUGUGCGCACAGAUCUAAAAGAAUUGAGGGAUUUUAAUCUAGAUGGUGCUCCUUAUGGAUAUACUCCAUUCUGUGACAGCCGGAGGGAAAUGGAUGGCUACAGGUUCUGGAAAUCAGGAUACUGGGCAAGUCAUUUAGCUGGAAGGAAAUAUCACAUCAGUGCUCUGUAUGUUGUGGAUCUGAAGAAGUUCAGAAAGAUAGCAGCUGGAGAUCGACUCAGAGGACAGUAUCAGGGUCUGAGUCAGGACCCAAACAGUCUGUCCAACCUUGAUCAGGAUUUGCCAAACAACAUGAUCCACCAAGUACCAAUUAAGUCCCUCCCCCAAGAAUGGCUGUGGUGUGAAACAUGGUGUGACGAUUCCUCGAAGAAGAGAGCAAAAACCAUUGAUCUGUGUAACAACCCAAUGACCAAAGAGCCCAAGCUGCAAGCAGCCAUGAGGAUAGUUCCCGAAUGGCAGGACUAUGAUCAAGAAAUCAAACUGCUCCAGAGUAAUUUCCAGAAGGAAAAAGAAAUGGGAACACCAGCUAAGAUGCCAGGACAGCACACACAUGAUCCAGCAGCACAUGUGGAAUUAUGAUCCAUGGAGACAAAUUCAAGUUAGACUCUUUCAUAGACAAUUUUUAUAUUGAAAGCUAGUUUUUCUCCGGUGUGUCUGCAAAACUGCUGAAUAAUUGAAUGGGAUGAUGUAUGCAUUUCUAUCACUUGCCUUUGGGUUAAUUUCUGCAUAUGGAAUAGGAUCUGGAUUGCUGGAAUUAGCAUUACUGGUGUUCUGCACCUGUGGUGGAGAUGAAAGACUCCACGAUGGAAUUUAGUGUUUCAGAAAAAAACUUCACAAUCCACCAGAAGAGUCACAGCCUGUUCCUUCAGCUGUUGCUGCCUCCACCACUGAUGAAGCUCCAGUUUAGCCUCAGAUCUAACCUGAGAGUCUGGGAAUUGCAGAUACACAUCCUAACCUCAUCUGAUGGACAUAAUUUUUCCAGGUAACAUUAUAAAGCUCUAAAUUAUGCCUUGAAUUUGGGACACUGUUUCAUCUUCAGGUUUUCAAACAAUUGAAAAUACUUCUUGGAUUUGUUCAAUCUGCCCUUGAUUUUGUAACAAAACCAGCAUUAUUUUGAUUUUCUAUUUCCUGUCAUUUCUCCUAACUUUUGAUGGUUUGGCUUAAUGUAAAGCCACCACAAUCUAUUUAAAUGCCUAUCCAAAUACAAAUGCCUAAGCUUACAAAGUGAGCAGAACACAGAAUUUGGCAGCUGAGUUCAUCCCAGCCUAUAUGACUUGAAUCAAAGUGCCCUCCCUUCCUCCUGCUCCAAGUGUAAAUCAGUCUGCAAAACAAGUAGGGCCUUCCUCUUGCUGUGGUUCACUGAUUCAUGAAUGUUUUUUUUUUUUUUUGUUUAUGAAAAAUCUGUGGAAGCUUGGAAGUUUAUCAUCAUGUAAAUUGCAUUAACUUUAUUUUUCUUCAAACAGAGAUGUUGUCACAUCAAUAAAAACUUCAGAGUUCUUAGGUCUUAAGCUUUAGUUCCCACUCAGUCCUCUGAUCAUCAGUUUUCCUUGCACACAUUACAGUCCU